UCCUAUUACAGAGAUCCAGACUUUUUCAUGGCAAGUUUUUUGCAAGUGGGGGGAGGGCGAAUCUACAACUUUCUCGGCGUGAUGUCUUUUUCAUUCCCAGCCUAAAUGCUUCAAAGGAAUACUUUAUAUGGUUUUAAGUUGAUGGUGCGCUUUCUCUAAAAGCCGAGGACGGUUUUUGUGUGUGUGUGUGUGUGUGUGGAGCGUUUGGGAUUUAGAUAAUGAAGGAAUUCAGGAGGAUCCAGCAAGGAUCGGACGAGAAGUGCAGAAUAAAAAAGUUUGGGAGGACUGCGAGAAAACUCUGAAGCGCCCCGCAGAUUUUCCUCACCAUGCCGCGUUUGGAAACCUAUUCGAAAUCUAAUGAAGAAAACUCCAUCUUUGGGUUUCUUGGGAACCGGGAUAAUUUGAAGCAGUAGAAGUCAAAGUAAUCUCAGUUUUGCACACUUGAAUCUCUCUCACAAGAUGUCUUCCCAGGGUCGCAGGAGCCCCAUUGUUGGAUUUUACGGGAUGCUUUGGGUCUGGGCUGCCUGGCUUUCGGGCUCCGGUGCGGUGUUGUCUCCAAACGGGACCAUAUUUGAGGAUAACUGCAAGAAAACCACAACUUGCGAGGCUCUUAAGUACAACACAUGUCUGGGAUCGCCUUUACCGUACACGCAUACUUCUCUGAUCCUGGCGGAGGACUCCAGCACCCAAGAAGAGGCUUUUGAGAAGUUGACCAUGUGGUCUGGUUUGCGGAACGCUCCUCGCUGUUGGUCAGUCAUCCAGCCUUUGCUGUGUGCCGUCUACAUGCCCAAAUGUGAGAAUGGUCGAGUUGAGCUGCCCAGCCAGAGCCUGUGUUUGGCAACGCGUCGUCCAUGUAGCAUCGUGGACCAGGAGAGAGGCUGGCCAAACUUCCUCAAAUGUGACCAAUUUCCUGUGGGCUGUUCGAAUGAGGUGCAGAAACUGAAGUUCAACACAUCAGGCCAGUGUGAAGCUCCCCUGGUAAAGACAGACAUUCAGUCCAGUUGGUACAAGGAUGUGGAGGGCUGCGGUAUCCAGUGUGACAACCCGCUGUUCACCGAGGAGGAGCACAAUGACAUGCACGCCUACAUUGCUUACUUCGGCACCAUCACCCUCCUCUGCACCUUCUUCACCCUGGCCACAUUUCUUGCCGACUGGAAGAACUCCAACCGCUACCCAGCCGUCAUUCUCUUCUACAUCAACGCCUGUUUCUUUGUGGGUAGUAUCGGCUGGCUGGCCCAGUUCUUGGAUGGCGCGCGCGACGAGAUUGUGUGCAAGAGCGACAACACCAUGCGACUUGGGGAGCCCUCGUCUUCAGAGACGCUGUCAUGUGUCACCAUCUUCAUCAUUGUGUACUACUCCCUGAUGUCGGGUGUGAUUUGGUUCGUCAUGCUGACUUAUGCCUGGCACACGUCCUUCAAGGCCCUGGGCACCACCCACCAGCCUCUGUCUGGCAGGACCUCCUACUUCCACAUGGUCACCUGGUCCAUCCCCUUCGUCCUCACUGUGGCCAUCCUGGCUAUCGCUGAGGUGGAUGGAGACUCUGUGAGUGGGAUCUGUUUUGUGGGCUACAAAAACUACAGAUACCGUGCUGGGUUUGUGCUGGCUCCCAUUGGGGUGGUGCUUGUUGUCGGUGGCUACUUCCUCAUUCGGGGUGUCAUGACUUUGUUUUCCAUCAAGAGCAACCACCCUGGACUUCUGAGUGAGAAAGCGGCCAGCAAAAUCAAUGAGACGAUGCUGAGACUUGGAAUAUUUGGAUUCCUUGCCUUUGGCUUUGUUUUAAUCACCUUUGGCUGCCACUUCUACGACUUCUUCAACCAGGCUGAAUGGGAGAGGAGCUUCAGAGAAUAUGUCCUGUGCGAAGCCAAUGUGACAAUCGCUUCUCAAACCAACAAGCCAAUCCCAGAGUGCACCAUUAAGAACCGGCCCAGUCUGAUGGUGGAGAAAAUCAACCUGUUCUCCAUGUUUGGGACGGGAAUCGCUAUGAGUACCUGGGUCUGGACCAAGGCCACCAUCCUCAUCUGGAAACGGACCUGGUGCAAGAUUAUUGGCCGUAGUGACAAUGAACCCAAGAGGAUAAAGAAGAGCAAGAUGAUUGCCAAGGCAUUUGCAAUGAGGAAGGAGCUUCACAAGGACCCAGAGAAAGAAAUGUCUUUCAGCAUGCACACUGUGUCCCAUGAUGGACCAGUCGCUGGAAUCAACUUUGACAUAAAUGAGCCGUCGAAUGAUAUGUCGUCAGCUUGGGCGCAGCAUGUGACCAAGAUGGUGGCCAGGCGAGGUGCCAUCCUGCCUCAGGACAUCUCUGUUACUCCCACUGGUACUCCAGUGCCACCUCCAGAGGAGAGGAACAGGCUGUGGAUGGUGGAGGCAGAGAUUUCACCAGAGAUGAUAAAGCGGAAAAAGAAGAAGAAGAAGAGGAAGAAGGAGGUGCGUCCAGUGGAGGAGGCGGUGGACCACCAGCCUUAUCAGCAGCGUGAGUUUGGUCGUAGCUCAGUGCCUCGCCUGCCCAAGUUGCCAUGCCACCCCAGUCUGGUUGCUAAUCUGCGGGAACAGCAGAGGCAACAACAGAAGCUGGAGGAGGAAGUUCUGCCAGGGUCCUACCCAGAUUUCCAACCCUCCCACCCCCUGUCCUGUGAGGAGAAGUGCCCCUACCCGCAAUACCAGAGCAGUUGGAACAGCUAUGGCCGCGGCCUGAUCUCUGACCCUCUAACCUUCAAUGACCGCCCAGAGGAUCUGGGUCUUGGCCCACGCUGCCUCCCCUCAGCCUCCACCUGGCAGCCCAGUGGAUCUUCCCGCUAUCCCAGGGAGAUGGAUCUCACCGAUGGGCUGUCAGAGAGGUUAGCCCACGUGGCUCGGGUACCAGCGGGCCGAAGGGCCGGCUAUGGACCAAUUCACUCCCAGACCAAUUUAAUGGAGGCGGAGCUCAUGGAUGCUGACUCUGACUUUUAAGAGCAUAGCUCCAAUUUAUUGCUUUGCGGUACACAGACAGUAAGCUACAAAAAGUGCUGGAUACUUUCAAAAUUCUUACUAAAGUGCACCUAAUUCCCAAUGCCCAGAGCAGAGAACAAGAUGGAACUAAGCUGGUCAGUGUUUUAUUUUAUUUUCAUUUUCUUUUCUUUUUUUUAGAAAAAGCAAAGGGAUAAAGUGAAAAAAUAUGUUGUGAAUAACUUAAUGAAAAAAUAUUUUUUAUACUUUGUGUCCAAUAAAAUUUCAAAGGCAACUCCUUGAUGACAAGACAAUUGAGGCAGCUAAACUUUAUAUGGCUUGAAACCGAUACCUUUAUUCUGAACCCCCUAUGAGUUCAUCUGCCAGCUCAGCCCUGCUUGUGACCACAUAAAACUCUACAUGUGGCAGGGUAAGGUGUCCAGGAUGAAUUGCUAACUUCUCUUUGGAAUUACCAGUAAGGAGAUUUGAUGAUGUAGGCAGUUGAUAAACCUUUUGAAAGUCAGAUGUAUUCUUAAUCUUGGAUUGACUGCUUGUAUUAUAAUUAUUUGAGCUGUCCCAGGGCAGUAAAACCCGAUUCAUACAGAAGACCAUACAGGUAAUAAAAAAAAAAUGCUACGGGCUACUUGCAAAUACUGUUUAACCCAGGUCUUCUUUUUCAUUAUAUUUUAAUGUUCUUAAGACUCAAUUUCUGUCUUCCUACUACUAUUUAGCCAUUUACUUUGUUUAUGUAAAGUUAAUUUGAUGUACUAAUCAUUAUCUCCCUUUCCCUUUUAUUACUAAUAUCACAGAAAUUAUUAUUAUAAGUGACUUUGACAAGUUUAAAGAAUUUGUGAUACACACUGGGACUUAAACAAAAGCCAGAAAGAACUAAAAGAAAUGGAAAAUCUGUAUAAGAUCAUAAGCUCAUUUUGUAUACAAUUGGGUGUUUUAGUUAAGUCAAAUACAUCAGUCUCACAGCUUCACUUUUAUUAUAUUGUCCUUACCUUUCUUCAUGUUAUUGACAUUUGCAAACAAAUACUGACAUGAUUUCGUUAAAACCAGGCUGAAGAGUUGCACUGCCUUCUCUGGUUGAAAGUUAUAAGCCUGUUUAACCUCCGACUCCACCCAGCAUCACUUUAGGUACACCUGUACAUCACUACAGCAAGGUGAAAAGUUAAACUACUAGAGGUCAGUAAACACAAGACUUUCAACGGUGUUAAGUUCCUCUUCAAUCAGCUAUACAUACUAACUCUUUGUAUGGUGCAAUAAACCAACAAUCAGCUUAUUGUUUGCCUGGAGAAAAAUGUAUUAAAUGGCCAUCUUUUCUCAAAAAGUUCUUCUUGUAUAUUUCAGAACAACCUUUCUCCUUGUACAAUUAUUUUUAAAAGUUAUUUUUUUACAGCUGUAUCUCUACUUUUGUUUAUCUGUUGUAUAUAUUCAGUCUGAACUGGCCUUCAUAAGUGUUUCCUCUUCUCCUCAGCCCAGUUGGAAACCUUUUGUAUGUUGCAUUUUUUAGACUGCAGUGGGUUUAGAAGUCACUUUUUGCCCAAAUGCAUCUAUUUUUCUGUCUCUCUCUUUCGAAAUGUGUGUACUGUAUAUAGGUUGUUCAUAGAUACCUCAAUAAGGGUAUUAUUUGUACAGAUUUAUAUAUCGAAUCACUUGAUUACUCUGCUGAUAUGAUAAAUAAAAAGGGAAGAGUCAACUAUGCUAUAAAAAGUUGUCACUGUACUUGUGCUGUAACCAAAAUUCCCCCUAGUAUUUUCAUGUUACGCUCAAUAUGGAUAAAUGAUGCUGAAGUAGACUGUGAUAGGCCGCUUCUUAGCGAUUGCAAAUUAGUUUGUCUAAUGUACGUGUCUAGUUAUUCAUUUGAUUUGUAUGAUAGAGAAUUAUUUAUCUUAUUACUAGUUACCACACUGCUACAAUAACAAUAUAGUGAGUUCGGCAACAAAAAAGCAUACCUAAAAUCCACCAACGUUUAUGUUCAAAGGUUACCACAUAAAGAAAUUAAAUGAAGAUUACUUUGGAAAUUAUGUUUCACUUUUUAUGUCUUGAAAAGUAAUAAAUUCUGUUUUUGUGAGCUGUCUAAAUGAUUUGUGUUGCUUUCAGUGUUUAGUCUCCCAACUGUGUAUAAAAAAGAUUACUGUCACUUUGACUGUGCAGCUGUAUUUUUUUGUUUUUAUAUGUAAAUAAAAGUAACCCUACA